AUGUCCGACGACGAAGAUACCGCUGCGUCCUACAACAACACCCAACGCGCCUUCCUCCAAGCCCUUUUGACCCGCCAAACCAUCACCUUCGAAGAAGCCAAACCCCUCCUCGCAACCAUCCUAACCGCCAACGACCCCAACCGUCCAACCCUCGAAGGCGACGUCACGCAGGAAGACUUCGAGAACUACAUCCACACCAUCAAUGACACGAUCUCGCCGUUCGACUAUGAGAUUCGAAGUUCACUCGACCAGGUCACGAGAGAGAGGAUCUAUGCGCUGGUGAACACGACUUCUGAUGCACUCACGCAAAUGGCCACCGUGCACACUCCGGACGAAAUAGCAUUUGUCAAGAGGGUGAUCGAUGCCAUGUUUGAUACGAACAAUACGCAGCGCGCGGAGGUGUUUGCUGUGAGGAGCAUGGAUGCGGUCAAGCUUUCGAAAGUGCCCAACAGCGAGCGGAGAGAUUCGGGACAGACGCAAGGGAGGACGCAGGGCGAGGGUGCUGUGGCGUCCUUGACGAUGAGCCAGGCAGAGGAAGUUCUGAGCAGUAUGGUGGAGGAGGGGUGGUUUGAUCUGAGCCAGAAGGGGUACUACAGUCUGACGGAGAGGAGUUUGAUGGAGCUGAGGAAUUGGUUGCUGGAUAUGUAUAACGAGGAUGCGGAGGAUGCGGAGGAUGAUGAGGAGCCGCAUUUGAGGAUCAAGAUGUGUGCUGCUUGCCGGCAGAUUGUGACCAAGGGUCAGAGGUGUCCGAAUUUGCCUUGCAAUGUCAGAUUGCAUGAGCAGUGCGUGAACAACAUGUUCCGCGCGCAGGGAGGGCAACGGCAGUGUCGUGAGUGCAAGACGGAGUGGACGGAGGCACCACCCGUGGGAGAGAAGGCUGCGAGGAACACUGGUGGGAGGAGACCCAACGAUCGAAGAAGCACGACGAACGGCACUCAUGAUGAGUCGGACGCAGGAGCCGGCGCAGACGACUGA